AUGACAGCUAUUCUCACAACCGCUAGACUGGUUUUCAAGGACUCAGCUGCGCGGCAAAAAGCCAUCGACGCGUUUCACAAGAUCAUCGAGUUCACGACACCACAUGAGCCGGAGGUCUUGCAGUAUGUCUGCGCAUUACCGGUGGAUGAUAGUUCGCGGACUGAGAUAUAUAUGAUUGAAGAAUACGCAAACCAAGCAGCAAGUGAUGCGCAUCUGACUACCAAGCCUGUACAAGAUCUCAUACGACUCUUCACCACCGGAGAUGUCCUUGCUCAGCCACCAGAAGUCCACAACUGCCCGAUUAUCACCAAGAAAACAUCAUCACCCGUACCGAUCUCAUCGAGUCCAGCCAUUGUUCUCAUGAACAUUCCCUGCAAACCGGACACAUCCGCCACCAAACAGGCCGAAAAGUGGAGCGAGCUGUCGCAGAUCGUGAUGAAGAGCGUAAAAGGCGUGAGCUCGUUCACAGUCGUCGAAGACCGAGAAGCGAAAAGCACGCGUGUGGAGAGUGUACUGCAGAGUUGGGAUUCGUUUGCCGCAUACCAAGAGUUCAUGGUCGAUGGGCGGAGAGAUGGAGCGGAUUUGGUGAAGAUCAGGCCAAUUGAUGGCUUUGUUGGACGUGAUAGUUCGAGCAAGUUGUGA